ACGCGAUGUUUGGAGGGACUCCAGCGCAUCUGUUGUAAACCUUAGAGUUAACUGUUUAGGUUUCAGUGAUCAGUUUUGCCGGGCACUGCUGCUAGGUAACGCUGUUGUCCAUAUCGUGGUGCGACGAGGGAGUUUAAUUGCUAAAACAGUGAAGAUGCAGCCUGCAACAGCUAAGUGGUAUGACAGACGAGACUCUGUUUUUAUAGAGUUCUGUGUGGAGGACAGUAAAGAUGUGCAAGUAAAGUUCGACAAGUCAAAAAUAGAUUUCAGCUGUGUCAGUGGAACAGAUAAUAUCAAACACCAGAAUGCAGUGGAACUUUUCGGGGAGAUUGACCCUAAAGACUCCAAACACAGACGCACAGACAGGUCUGUGUUGUGUUGUUUACGAAAAGCAGAAUCUGGGAAGUCAUGGCCACGACUUACCAAAGACAAGACAAAGUGCAACUGGCUGAGUGUGGAUUUCAAUAACUGGAAAGACUGGGAAGAUGACUCAGAUGAGGAUUUGUCAAGUUUUGACAAAUUCUCGGAGAUGAUGAACAGCAUGGGUGGGGAUGAUCUACCAGAUUUAGAUGGUGCAGAGGAAGAGCAUGACUCUGCAGACAGCGACGAUGAAAAAAUGCCUGACCUUGAGUAGACAAACACGGAUGCCACCUCAGUAGUUAAUAAAACAAGUUAUAAGUCGGUUGACGAGAGAGACUAGACAUGAGUUGGCAGCCACAUUGGAGGAGAUCCUAAUCGCUCUACGCAGUUUCCAAAGUGAAACCCCUCAAGGGAGUGACAGGGAGUGACUGUUGGAUACAGACAUGCACAGAGAUCCAUAGCGACAUACAGUGCUGUGCUUUGCUGUUUUGUUCUGCAUGGACAAUUCUGUUCAAAUGAAAAUGUUAUUGUUCAUUGACUUAAAUGACUGUAAUGGGAUGUGCUGAUGUCUUACACCUUCUCUCUCUCUCUGUUUUUUUUUUUGUUUUGUUUUCUCUUUUUUUUUUUUGCGAUGUCAGAGUAUGUAUUGAACGUUGUGAUUUCUAAUGAAAAAAAAAAAAACAACUUAAAAUGCCUAUUUUCCAAAAAAGUAGAUUUUUUUAAUGACAGAUUUUUCCCUUUAAUGUUUGUAUUGUAAAUUGCACUUAUUUUUUUUGUUAAUUUAAAAAGCAGGAGUUCCGCUUGAAAUGGGUUUUUCUGAUGUAUGCCAACAUCUGCAAAUAUUUAACAAUAAUUUCAUUUUUUUUAAAAAAACAUGUUUCAGCAUUUAAAAUAAACAGAUAUGCUUGUGCAACUUAAAGCUUAUGUUGAGAUUAUGGUAAUGGAGUGGUACAAUAUUUUCACAUAGUCAUACCUUUGCAAAGGUUAGCUUGUUUCUCCAUGCCAGUAUACAAAACAUCGACAUUGUAGCAGGUAUGAAAAUUAAUUUUCUUCCAUAUAUGUACUGAGGUGAUGGCAGUAAUCCUUUCUAGUCUACCAAGAGUUACCCAGACAGUUACAACAGGUUAUAAAUGUUUAACAUAUACACCAGAAAAAUGCUUUGGAGGCUUGUGUGUUUGAAUCAACGUGUUAAAAACUUUUGCGUUUGUCUUAUGCUGUGGGUAAACAUUUCUAAUAAACUUAAACAUUGAAGAAA